UAAGCGGUCCCUUCAGUAAUAGCUUAAUGGAUUGUGCAUUCGACUUUAAGAAAAAGAGAGAUCUAGAUUUUAAAUUUUGAAACAGAUGUAGCAAGAUUUUUAAAAAGGAGGCCGCAGAACAAGGUGCAUGUGAGGACAAGGAGAUGAAGAUGUGCAGAUGUUGAUUGGCUUUGAUCAUCGUAUAGGAGUAAAUUGCCCAUGACUUUACAAGUCAGAUUGAACCGUGUUCUACACUUUAUAAUUAAAAAUCAUGCGAUUAAUUCAUACAGCCAUGACGUUACAUACAAGUCAGAUUGACCCGUGUUCUACGCAAUAUAUUGAAAAAGAGCGGUGCUAGGAGCAUUCGCUUUUUGCACUCGCUUUUUGCACUCUCCGGCCAACACUUCCCCUUUUAUUGGGCCACGUAAGCUUCUUUAAAGCUUUCGGGCGCAACCUCUCGAAACCAAAAUAACGUGGCCCAAUAAAGAGAAAGUGUUGGCCGGAGAGUGCAGGAGGCGAGUGCCCCUAGCAUUGCUCAUUGAAACAUGAAGAUUGUUUGGCAUCGCACAAAACCAGUCAAAGGAGGAAACUUCCGCUUCCAUGGAUAGCAAGCAAAAGCGCGUAAAACGGUCUUAUUUUUCAUUACUUUUCCCACCUUUAUUUCCAGGCACUUACAUCCCAUACCAGUUCUUAUUUUCCCUCCAGUGUCCAGACCAACCACUUCUUGAAAUUCACCCAUCAAUCCCUCCAGUUCCUCAUCCCCAUCCGUUCAAGAAUAUGAACUACUUCCUCCUUUUUGUUAUGAUACUCUCGGUUUUCUCUGAGACUCCGUUGUCAUCAAGCAACCCUGAUUUGUACGGACCCUGCAGUAAGGAGUUCAAGUGUGGGAAUGUUUCUGCAGGCUUUCCAUUCUGGGGAGGAGAAGAUCAAAGACCGCAUGAAUGUGGCCAUCCAGGACUUCAACUCCAGUGCGAGGAUAAUCAUGCUGCUAUUUUAGAAAUUGUCGGUGUUCCAUAUCGAGUUCUUGAUAUUAAAAAGGAAACCAAAAUACUGAAGAUUGCAAGGGAGGACUAUGAGGGUGGAAUUUGUCGCCAGAAUAUCCAGAACACCAACCUCGAUCCCACUCUCUUUGUCAGUGCUCCAGGUUAUGUAAAUAUUACAUUACUCUAUGACUGCCCGAUGGAUAUACCCACACUUAAAAACUUCACCUGCAGUUUCAAUGGAAUCAAUUCUAGCAAGAAUUUCAUUCAUCCAGGACCAUUUCUUGGUCCUAUGAUUUGUUCUGCCAGUGCCUCUGUCCUGGUUCAUGAACCUUCGCCUACAGUAGACGCCAUCGAACAAUCCUUAAAAGAUGGAUUUGAAGUAAAAUGGAAGGUAGACGAUGAAGGGCGCUGUCCGAAGUGCCUUAAAUCCAAGGGAUCCUGUGGCAUUGACCCUGGGAAUAAAACUGUUUGCCACUGUCAGGAACCAGGUAGUUCAUUUGAAGAAUGUCCUAUUUUUCCCCUGCCUCCUGGCGCUUCCCAACCACCACAACCACCAUCGAACGCCAAUAAGCGAGGUAAGUACCUUAUGUCAAGCAUAGAAAAUGUGAGCUACCCUUUCUGGGGAGUGAAUAGAGCAGAUUACUGUGGUCAACCAGGGUUUGAGCUGGAUUGCCAAAAUGAUGUGCCAAAGAUCAAGAUGCUGAACAACACCUUCAGAGUUCUCGGUAUCAACACAGAACAGCAGAUUCUUAAGGCAGGUUUCGACCUGCAGUGGGAAAUAGGACCACAACUCAACUCACUUGCUUCUGCCAAAACCAGCCCUGGCCAAGCACAUGUCCAAGACCAGCCUGCCUCUCCUCAGGCCUUCACCAUGCUCCCUCUGGUUUUCCUCUUCCCGCCCAUCUUCCUCCUCUCCGCCCAUGGAACGCAUUCCUCUGCCCAAAACGACACUUCCGCCUUCCCCAACUGCAACCGGACCUUCUCAUGUGGGGGCCUGCCAAACCUCUCUUACCCAUUCACCGGCGGGCCUCGUCCAACAUACUGCGGCCCGCCAGGAUUCCUCCUCACCUGCACCGACGACGGAAUCCCCCAGUUAAUUAUGGACUCACUGAGUUACAAGAUCAUCCAAGUCGACCGAAGCAUACAGAGCAUGACGCUUUCCCGCUCGGACCUGUACAACAACACAUGUGUAUACCCGCAGAACCUGUUCUGGUGCGGAUUUUGGAAUUCUAGUAGUGCCGCGUACCAUGUGUUGGGUCCAGUUCCGAACGAUCCCAUAUUCAAGAUUAUUCGCUGUAACAUCAGCAUCAAACUACCUAUGUUGCAAGCUGCGGCGGAUAAACUUGAGACCAAUAGGUCUACUCUCAGGGAAGCUUUAAUGGAGGGAUUUAGCGUGAUUUAUACUACUCCAAAUGAGGACGAUUGCGUUAGGUGUCGCGAUUCGAGUGGGGAGUGUGGGUUUUCGGAUCAGUUUGUUUGCAUUUGUGGUGAUCGAAUUUGUGACAUACCAGGUAAGAAAAAAAUACUGCUCAUUACAGCUGGUGGAGUAAUUGCUUGUAUUCUUCUGGGAGUCUGGUGCUUAUUAUGGAUACAGAGAAGAAAGAGAAUUGCUGCUCAAUCUCAAAGCAAAGACUGGCCUGCAACUCCUCCAUUAGGCAAAGGCCUGGACCCUACUACUCCCUCCACUACUAAUUCUGAAAGCAUUCCUUCUUAUCCCUCAGCAAUGUCUGACAUAGAAAAAGGAAGCACCUACUUUGGAGUUCAGGUCUUCAGCUAUGCAGAGCUUGAAAAAGCAACUGAUAAUUUUGAUCCUUCUAAAGAACUUGGAGAGGGGGGUUUUGGCACUGUUUACCAUGGUGUGCUCAGUGAUGGGCAUGUUGUGGCAGUAAAGCGCCUGUUUGAGAAAAAUCUCAAACGUGUUGAACAGUUCAUAAAUGAAAUUAAGAUCCUAGCUGACAUACGACAUCCAAAUCUUGUGACGCUAUAUGGAUGCACCUCAAGGCACAGCAGAGAACUUCUCCUUGUGUAUGAAUACAUUCCUAAUGGAACUGUGGCUGAUCAUCUUCACGGAAGAAGGGCAAAGUCUGGCUUGCUUACUUGGCCUGUUCGGUUGCGCGUUGCCAUAGAGAGUGCUAAUGCUUUAGCUUACCUUCAUGGUAAAGAAAUCAUACACCGUGAUGUCAAAACCAGCAACAUUCUUCUAGACAACAGUUUCCAUGUGAAAGUGGCUGAUUUUGGUCUGUCUCGACUUUUCCCCAAUGAUGUUACUCAUGUGUCCACUGCUCCGCAAGGGACCCCUGGCUAUGUUGAUCCUGAGUAUUAUCAGUGCUACCAUCUUACAGACAAAAGUGAUGUAUAUAGUUUUGGGGUGGUGUUGAUUGAGCUCAUUUCUGCAAAGCAAGCAGUAGACACAAAUAGGCACCACUUUGAUAUUAACUUGGCUAACAUGGUCAUCAGCAGAAUUCAGAAUCAGGCAUUACAUGAAUUGGUUGAUCCACCUCUUGCCUUUGAAACUGAUUUUGCUGUCAGGAAAAUGGUUGCAACUGUUGCAGAACUGGCUUUUCAGUGUUUGCAGCAAGAGAGGGAUAUGAGGCCUUCCAUGGAAGAAGUUUUGGGGGAUGACGCUACUCAAGUUUAGUAGUGUCUGCUCUGAAAAGGAUAAUGUGAUAACCCUGGGACUUAGACCCUCAAAACUCAGUCUAAGUAAAGGAUGAUUUCCACU